AGGUCGAGAAGGAUGCAAACAACUCACCCAAAGUCCAAUGGACGACAGUAGUUGGUAACAGAAAGAAACCAGAUAAGCUGCUCUUAGUAAAAGUCGUAAAUGAUGACGAUGAACAUCGAAGGGGAGGAGAUGCGCAAACCAAUCCGGCUCAUCGCGGCUGCCUGCAGGGACAUGGGCAUAGGAAAGAACGGACAGCUUCCCUGGAGUCUUCCAAAAGAAUUUCAGUUCUUUCUGGAUACAAUUACAGCUGUGUCCGCACCUGGGAAGAAGAACCUGGUUGUCUGGGGCAGAGUCUGCUGGUUCUCCUGUCCUGAGACAGUCUUCCCUUUGGCCAAUUGCAUCAAUUUGGUAUUGAGCAGGAAGCUGAAUGCAGAUCCUCCACGUGCCCACUAUCUGUGUAAGGAUUUUGAGUCAGUAAUUCGCCUGGUUUCUGAGCCUCCCUUAUGUCACAUUGUGGAGAUCAUCUGGGUUUUAGGGGGCCCAGAAGUGUAUAAGGAAAGUCUUGAGCAUCCAUGGUGUGAUCGCAUCUAUCUCACCAACAUCAUGGCCGACUUUGACUGUGAUGUGUUUUUCCCGAAGUUUGACCGCAACGUUUUCAGAAAACAAAAGGGCUUUCCCGGAGUACCAGAUGAAAUUCAUGAAGAAAAUGGUAUUAAAUUUCAAUUUCAAGUCUUCAAGAAAGAAGCUUAAAACCGAAGCCGAGGACUGGAAUCAAGACUGUCAAACGUGAUGCUUGAUUUGUUGUUGAUGCUAGAUGUUUACAUAGUAUGAAACAGUAUUUUACAGCAUUUUAUUGGUUUUAAUACAGUUAUGUCAGCU